UAUUCAAAAUUAUUCUGAGGGUAAUCUAGGAAGAAAACAAUAUCACUUUAGUAGUAAUAUAAAUAUAUCAAACCCUACAAUCUCUCCAAUCCGUCAUUAGCUACUCUCCUCCUUCCAUCUCUCUCGCGGCCAGGGUUUAAUCCAUUCUCUCGUAAGUUCAGCUCUAAUAUAUCAUCAUGGGUAAGGAAAAGAGUCACAUCAACAUUGUGGUCAUUGGCCAUGUCGACUCUGGAAAAUCAACCACCACUGGCCACUUGAUCUACAAGCUUGGAGGUAUUGACAAGCGUGUCAUCGAGAGGUUCGAGAAGGAAGCUGCUGAGAUGAACAAGAGGUCAUUCAAGUAUGCCUGGGUGCUCGACAAGCUCAAGGCUGAGCGCGAGCGUGGUAUCACCAUUGACAUUGCCUUGUGGAAGUUCGAGACCACCAAGUACUACUGCACUGUCAUUGAUGCCCCUGGACAUCGUGACUUUAUCAAGAACAUGAUUACUGGGACUUCCCAGGCUGACUGUGCCGUGCUUAUCAUUGAUUCCACCACUGGUGGUUUUGAAGCUGGUAUCUCCAAGGAUGGCCAGACUCGUGAGCACGCACUCCUUGCCUUCACCCUUGGUGUGAGGCAAAUGAUCUGCUGCUGUAACAAGCGUGUCAUUGAGAGGUUCGAGAAGGAAGCUGCUGAGAUGAACAAGAGGUCAUUCAAGUAUGCCUGGGUGCUCGACAAGCUCAAGGCUGAGCGCGAGCGUGGAAUUACCAUUGAUAUUGCCCUGUGGAAGUUUGAGACCACCAGGUACUACUGCACUGUCAUUGAUGCCCCUGGACAUCGUGACUUUAUCAAGAACAUGAUUACUGGAACUUCCCAGGCUGACUGUGCCGUGCUUAUCAUUGAUUCCACCACUGGUGGUUUCGAAGCUGGUAUCUCCAAGGAUGGCCAGACCCGUGAGCACGCACUCCUUGCCUUCACCCUUGGUGUGAAGCAAAUGAUCUGCUGCUGUAACAAGAUGGACGCCACCACUCCAAAGUACUCCAAGGCAAGGUAUGAUGAAAUUGUCAAGGAAGUGUCCUCCUACUUGAAGAAGGUCGGCUACAACCCUGACAAGAUUCCCUUUGUCCCAAUCUCUGGAUUUGAGGGUGACAACAUGAUUGAGAGGUCCACCAACCUUGACUGGUACAAGGGCCCAACACUCCUGGAUGCCCUGGACCAGAUCCAGGAGCCCAAGAGGCCCUCAGACAAGCCCCUCCGUCUCCCACUUCAGGAUGUGUACAAGAUUGGUGGAAUCGGAACUGUCCCAGUGGGUCGUGUUGAAACUGGUGUCAUCAAGCCCGGCAUGGUUGUGACAUUCGGUCCAACUGGACUGAGUACUGAAGUCAAGUCUGUUGAGAUGCACCACGAGGCUCUCCUAGAGGCUCUUCCUGGUGACAAUGUCGGGUUCAACGUUAAGAAUGUAGCUGUUAAGGAUCUGAAGCGUGGUUUUGUGGCCUCAAACUCCAAGGAUGAUCCUGCGAGGGAAGCUGCCAACUUCACCUCCCAAGUUAUCAUCAUGAACCAUCCUGGACAGAUCGGAAACGGUUACGCUCCAGUCCUUGACUGCCACACCUGUCACAUUGCUGUGAAGUUUGCUGAGAUCCUCACCAAGAUUGACAGGCGGUCUGGUAAGGAACUGGAGAAGGAGCCCAAGUUCCUGAAGAACGGUGAUGCUGGUAUGAUCAAGAUGAUUCCCACCAAGCCCAUGGUGGUGGAGACUUUCUCAGCGUAUCCUCCACUUGGUCGUUUUGCUGUGAGGGACAUGCGCCAGACCGUUGCUGUGGGAGUUAUCAAGAGCGUGGAGAAGAAGGAUCCCUCUGGUGCCAAGGUGACCAAAUCUGCUGCCAAGAAGGGUGCCAAGUAAUCAUUGUGUUGUGCAAUUACUGGUUUGUUUUUUUGUUAAUUGUCCCUGAGCUGUGUCAUGAGAAUUGUAGUUUUAUUUUGUGGAAUCUUGUUCUAAAAUUUUGGAGAUUGGAUUAUGUUUCUAGAUUCAUUAUCGGCUCGUGAAAUUUAGGUCUCGAGCAUUUGGACACUAAGAUCUCCAUGUCAUGUUUUUGUUUAUGGGCGUUGAAUUUACAUUUGUGCCCGCCUGCUCAUAUAUUCAGCCUUCUUUCUAGUUUUA